GCUGCAAAAGGACUGCAUAACAGUGUCCUCUGUCACAAGGGUCUAUCCAAGCCCUUUUUGGGGGCUUGGCGGGACUUGCCAACCCCCCCCCCCCCCCCCCCGCUGUUUGGGCCAGUCUUUGUCGGGAAGAGGAGGCCUUGAACAAUGCCGUCGGAAAUGACCUUGCAGGACAGGCCAAAGAUGGCCACAUCACAGGCCGCGCUAGAUCACAGAUCGGAGAAGAAAUCAGGGAAGAAGAAGGUCUGCCCAGAGGCCAAAAGGGCUCCUUAUCCUCUCCGGGGUUCGAGCAGCAGAAAACCUGGGGUGCAGAAGGUCCCGAUCAAGGACACGCCCAGUUCCGAUGUCCGGCGAGAACAGUUCCGGCAGUUUGCCUACCCGGAUGCUAAGGGUCCCCGAGAGGUUUGCAGCCAGCUCCACGAUCUUUGCCACCAGUGGCUGAAGCCGGAGGUCCACUCCAAGGCCGAGGUGCUGGACCUGGUGAUCCUCGAGCAGUUCCUGACCAUCCUGCCCCCGGAGAUGAAGAACUGGGUGCGGGAAUGUAAAGCAGAGACCAGCUCCCAGGCGGUGGCCUUGGCCGAAGGCUUCCUGCUGAGCCAGGCGGAGGAGAAAAGGCAGCAGGACCGAGUUGUGACAGAACCCACCAACUUUCCCAGGGUAGGAAAAAAACCACAGGGGCCUCAACCAAAGCCGCCCGUAAGGCAGAUCAAGCAAGAAAUGGACAAGAUUGCCAUUCCAUUAGGGAACAAACCACAGCUGGCCACUGGAUGUAACCCACCUGCACAGCUGGAUCAUGUGAUGCUUGAGGAAGUCUCUGUGACUUUUAGUGAGGAGGAAUGGGCGCUGCUGGAUCCAGACCAAAGAGCUUUACACAGGGAUGUGAUGGCAGAGAACAGUGGCAUUGCCUCUUCUUUGGGAAGUGACUGGCUGGAGAGUGAAAGUGGAGAAAUCUAUGAGAUAUUGUUCGGAAAAAUUGGAAGCGAAGAGGAGGACAAGCAGAGACCAGACACCGAAGCUGGCAAAGUGAAGGAUGAAUCUCCGGGUUCUUACAACACCGAAUUCUACGAGCUUCCGGUCCGCGAAAAAAUAGAAGAUGGGAUUGAAUGGAGCCAAUGCCUUCUGUGCGGCAAAGCCUUCAACUGCCAGUCGAGCCUGAUCGCUCACUGGGAGAGCCACACCACCAAGAAGCCCCACAAAUGCCUGGAGUGCGGGAAGAGCUUUAGCACCCGGCAGUACCUGGGCUGCCAUCAGCGCGUUCACACUGGGGAGAAGCCCUUCAAGUGCGCCAAAUGCGGGAAGAGCUUCAGCACCCGCCAAUACCUUUCCUGUCACCAGAGAAUCCACACCGGGGAGAAGCCCUUUAAGUGUCUGGAGUGCGGGGAGACCUUCUGCUGGGCCAAUUCCCUGACCUUACACCAGAUUGUCCACACGGGAGAGAAGCCAUUUAAGUGCCUGGUGUGUGGGAAAAGUUUCAGCAGGAGCACCAGCCUUUCCUCCCAUCAGAGGAUCCACACGGGGGAGAAGCCAUAUAAGUGCUUAGAGUGUGGCAAGAGGUUCAUCCACAACACCAGCCUCACGUACCACCGGCAGCACCACACCGGCGUGAAGCCCUACAAGUGUUCCGAGUGUGGCAAGAGAUUCAGUCACAGGACUAGCCUGACCUACCACCAGCGCAGUCACACCGGCGUGAAGCCGCACUCCUGCACGGAGUGCGGAAAGAAUUUCAGCACCCGCCAAUACCUCAUGUCCCACCAGAGGAUCCACACAGGAGAGAAACCAUACAAAUGCACUGAGUGCGGGAAGCGCUUCGUCCACAGCACCAGCCUCAGCUACCACCAGCGCCUUCACCGCGGGGAGGAGCCCUUCCACUGUUCAGACUGCGGGAAAAGUUUCAUCACGCGCCAGUGCCUGAAUUCUCACCGCAGGAUCCACACAGGGGAAGAACCUUUCAAAUGUCUGGAGUGCGGGAAGACCUUCCGGCGACGCACGAGCCUUAUUUCCCACCAGAGUAUCCACCUGGGAGAGAAGCCGUACAAAUGCCUGGAGUGCGGGAAGAGCUUCACAACCAGCAAAUACAUCCUUUCCCAUCAGAGGAUCCACACCGGAGAGAAACCUUACAAAUGCCUGGAGUGCGGGCAGACCUUCUGUUGGGCUAACUCCCUCACCUUGCACCUGAUAACGCACACGGGAGAGAAACCCUUUAAAUGCACAGAGUGCGGGAAAAGCUUCAGCCGAGCCACCAGCCUUACCUCCCAUCAGCGCAUCCACACCGGUGAGAAGCCGUAUAAAUGUCUGGUGUGCGGAAAGAACUUCAGCACUAACAGGUACUUGACGUGCCAUCAGCGGAUCCAUAUUGUCGACAAGGCUUACAAAUGCCUGGUGUGCGGGAAGAGCUUUAGCACCAGCAAAUACCUCAGCUGCCAUCAAAGAAUUCACACCGGAGAGAAGCCAUUUAAAUGCCUGGAAUGUGGAAAGAGCUUCUGUUGGGCGUAUUCCCUUACUUUACAUCAAAGAAUCCACGCCGGUGAAGACGGAUUUAAAAGCUAGGAGUAUGAAAUUUACUUUUUUAUUUUUAUUUUUAAGCGGCGGAAGGAUGAAGCAGCCCUUAUCGUGAAAGGAUUUCAGAGAAAACUGUGGAAAUCACUGUGGAAAGAGAUUCGUGUAGAACACAGACUCCAUUUCUUUUCAUUAGAUAUGAAUUUAUUUAUAGAGAUGCUUAUUUUUAUUUUUAUUUGAUGUGUUGGCCCAUUGUGAUUGUCCAGUGUUUCCGAAGGUUUCUUUGCCAGCCCUGCUUUCAGGCACUGGGAACUAGAUUUGAAUCUUCAGCACGCGCCACAUCUAAGCGGUCGUCGGACCCCAAUUUGAAUUCUUGGAGCAAGAAGGAAAGAGUGUUUGUCUGAGCAGUGAUCUCGCUUCUCGAUGAGGACCAGAGACAUGAGAGGAUCUCUAGAAAUGCCUGGAGUUUUGCCGGGGUCUUUCAGCUGGAGAUGACGAUUCAAGGAUCCCCUAUCGUAGGUUUGCUAGGAAUAUGCUAGCAAUUUAGGAUGGCUCACCCCUAGUACAUCAAGAUCCCGUGUGGGUUCCUACAAAAUUGAGCUUCUAAAGUUCUGUGAUCCAAGGAUAAUUGAUCUUAAUGAAAGUUGUCUGAUCUAUUUCUGUAAGACAGGGAUCGCAAGUACCUUCUGAUCCUUGGCUGC